AUGGAGGCGCUGGCGGGCGCCACCUUCAACCUCCAUCACAAGCUCCGCGCGAGGGAGCUCACGGCGGCGCGCCCGGGGGCCUCCACCCAUCGUUCGCGGAGGUUCUACGAGAGCGUGUUCCCCACGGAGACGGUCGACCACGUCACCGUCCCUGACGACGCCAACGUCAUGCGCUUCACCGACGACGGAAGGUACCUCAUCUGCGUCAGCAGGAACCAGCGCGAGUUGGUCGUGUACAGGUACGUGGGCGGCCGGGGCGGCGGAUCGAAACGCGCCGCCCCACCCGCGGGAAGGGGAAGAACUCCCCCGGCGGAACCCCAGGCCCCAUCGGGAGACCCCGCCCCCGCGGACGACGGCACAGGCACAGGCACAGGCGCAGGCACAGCUGACGACACAGCUGGCGACAAUGACCCGAGGCGCCGAGCCGAGGACGCGUUCGCCGCGUACUUUGAGCACGCCUUCUCCCGCCCGUUGGUCAUGGACGACGCGGACUUACUCAGCAAGGACUUCGCGCUGACGGUCCUGGACGGCGAUUACGUCAUCGUGGCGUCGUCGACCCAACCCGAGGUUAGGACAGACGGCGACGGCGAAGGAGGACACGAAAUCGCCGACGCCGGCGCCGCGGCGGCGGCGGCGACAAACGCCCCAAACGUCGGUGCCGCCGUCCGUCCGCCGCGCCCGGCUCCUGAUGCCGCCGAUGCCGCCACGCGAGGCGCCGCCGCCGUGGAGCGCGCGAGGGAGGAAGGCGCGGCGGCGCGCGACCGUCUCGUGGCGGCGGGACCGACCGGGGUUGGCGGCGUCGACCCCGGCGGGCGAACCGUCGAGCUGCCCGCGUCGCCCGUGAUGCAGAUCGUCGCGUUUCACCUCGUGCGCCUCCGCGACGGCAAGCUCUGCGACCGCGUGGUGUUCCGGGACGAUUACAUACGGCUGAAGCGCGCGCAAGGGCUGAGCGCGGUGAGGGUGAGCGCGGACGCGACGCUGCUCACGGUUUUAUCGCUUCGGCGGCAGGCGUUUCACGUGCUGCGGUGCGAGCGGCGGCGGCGGCGGAACGGGGCGGGCGCGGGAGGGACGGCAGGCGGCGGGUCGAGGCGGCGGUGGGGUGCGUUCGACGGCGUGACGCAGGGUUUCGGCGGCGGCGAGGGCCUGGUGGACGACGGGAGGGACGGCGGGGGCGACACAGCUGGCGAUUCAGCGUGCGAGGAACUCGCGCCGGUUUCCCCGGAUGAGGAGACGGCUGGGUUCGUCGUCGUCAGGCCGCCGAUCGGCGCGAGAUGCGAGCCCGACGACGACGUACCGCUCCGCGCGCAGGACGCCGCGGAGGCACGUUGGCGCGAGCGGCGCAGGGAGGCGGAGAGCGACGCGGACGACGAGGGAGACGAGGGAGACGGAAACAUCCGGAGGGAAACAUCCGGGACCUCCGAUCGCGUCCCGAUGCCCAGCGGCGCGUCGCAUCCAUCGAUGGGUUGGUCCGACCCGCGCUCGCCGAUGUACACGGGGUUGAAGCAGAAGGUGAUGACCCGCGCCUUCCUGGAGGCUCGCAGGAGGGACAACGAGGAGUGGCAGCUGUACGCCGCCGACGCCGCGGUUUUAGCGGUGGAGGAGGAGCGGUUACGGCGUAACCGAGUCCCCCGCGGGUUCCUCGAUCAACUGGGCUGGGGCCCGGGCCACGACUCCGGGCUCCACGGCGGAGGCGUCUCGUCGUACGGGCACGGGCGGGCGGCUCGCGAUGGAGCCGGGAGCGACGACGGCGAAGGAGACGGCGGCCCCGGCGGUUCGCAACCGAAGGAGCCGCCGGCGCCCGAGCCCGGGAACUACGGCAUAGCCGCCGGGAAGAAGCGCAAACGCGCGUCGUCGUCGUUCUCGUUCCCGGUGGGCCUCCCGCGCGCUGGCCUCGGCGUCGCCGCGCGUCUCGAGCGGCCCCGCAACCGGCACGUCUCCGCGUUUCGUUCCAGGUACUGGUACUACGCCGAGUGGAUGUGCGCGUGGCACUGCGGUUUUCUCGACGCGGGCCACGUCGCGGUGCGGAUGGGCACCGCCGACGACGUCCUCGCGUGGGGUCGACGGGCUACGAACGGGCGCGGCGGCGCGGCGGGUGGCGGGGACUACAACAGGUGUCCGGCGACGGUGCUCGUGGCGGUGGUGAGGCUGAGCGACGGGGCGGUGGUUCACGUCGGGGAUCUGCGGGGGGAAGGGGGCGGACUCCUCGGCGUGGAGUCGUCGUCCGAUUAUAAUUAUCGGGGGGACGCUGGGGAGGGGAAGCGGGCGAAUAUCGGGGGGGGGAUCGGCGUGGAGUGGCCCUUCGGCGAGGAGCCGCCCCCGGCGGAGGGGACCGAGUGGGCGAGACUCGCGCCGUGCACGGCGUCGGCCCCGCGCCUGCCCGCUACGUGCGCGGUGGGUCCUGCUCGGAGCCGGACCGGACCGGGCUCCUCGGGAGCCGCGAGGUUCGAGUGGCCCAAGACCCCGCCUCUCCCCGCCGGUCACUGGUGCGCGUCCCCUUACCUCGACCCCGCGCUCUUCGACUUCGACAGGAGGGCGAUCGCCCCCGACGAGAGGCCUCGGGGGGCGUCGGAGCUGAGCCUUCGGUUUUCCGCGCCGCGCGCCGCGGUGGCGAGGGUGCGAGCGAGGGUCGAUCGAGACGCCGCUCGACAAGUAUCGGACAAAGAGCCCGAAAGUUACGGGAAGGACGGGGACGGGGACGGGGACGACGACGACGCGUGGUUGAACGCGCUGGUCGGCGGGCGGGGGAUAAAGAGCCUUCGGUUCAAGCUCCCGCCGAGCGCGGGCGCCGCGGCGACGCAGCGGAUGAAGCGCAGCGUGUCGCACAUGUUCCAUCCCGUGUUUCCCUUUGCGAUGUCGGUGUCGCACGCGUUUAUGCACCCGCAGGUGGUGAGCUUCCACUUCCGCGAGUGAGGAGGAGACGCGGGUGCCGAGUGAAACCUCUUUCUCGAGAGUGGCGACGACGAGGGCGCUACGGCGGUGGGAGACGAACGCGGCGUCGGCGAGUAACGCUUAAACACGCGAGUAACGCUUAACACGCGAGUGACGCUUAUAAAACUAAAAGUGAAAUCUUCGCGCAGCCGCCGGUGGCCGAGCGGUCCUCCCGCGCCCCCGCGCCGCCCCCCGCGGGUCUCACGUCCGGCCCCCCGGGCCGGUCCCGUCGCCGUCACCGAUAUCCUCAUCCGCGGACCGAUUCGUGCCGAUCGAACCCGAGUCGGUCGCCGCCCCCGGCUGCCCCCGGGUCGCCAGCUGUGUCGGGUCGCCGGCUGUGUCUCGGCAAGCCGUCGCAAACUCGGCGCGGAACCCCCGGGUGUUCAUCAGCCACAGCGCCGGCCACGCGAUCGCCAUGAGCGCCCUGGCGCCCGCGCGGUAGGUGGUCCGUUCGAAUCCCGCGAGGAACUUUUUCGUGUACUUGACGUACGCCGCGACCGCCGCGGCGAGCGCGAGCGCGCCCCACAGGGACCCGCCCGCGAAGGGGUUGAGACCGAACGAUGCGCCGUGCACGGGUCCCCCGAACGUGGUGACGCUCUCGCUGUAGUAGUACUUGCUGUAUCCGCCGCCCGGGAGCUGCUUCUCCGAGCGCUCCUCGCGCCUGUACGUCCGGGGGGUUCCGAAUGCUCCGGUCGACGCCUCCUCUUCCAUCCGUCUCGAGAGGCUGUCCGCGCUUCGGAACGACUCGUCCAAGUCCCGCAUCAUGCGCUGGUUCUGGCGGUAAAAGUCGGCCAUCGUGCGGUCGAAGGCGUCGAACCCUAAGGGAUCGUCGCCCCCGCCGCGGGACGUCGACGGGCCGAGGCUGGACCCGUCCUCGGCCCUGACGACGAGCCGCGCGGCGCGGGGGCGGUGACGAGCGCGGCGAAACCUCGCGGCGCCGACGCUGAUGCUGGGCACCCUUUUUUGAUGACGGGGAUCCGGGGCGCGCCGCUCAACGCCCUGUCGCGUCGCCGACGUCGACGCGGCGGACGCGCAUCGAGCGGCGAUCGCCUGCAUCGUCGGGAUAUAUCGGAGGAUGUCGAGGCGCUUCUCGGUCGGCCUCCCAGACGCUCACUCACGGGCGCCUUCCUC